AGGGACAGGCUUGUUUAGACUAUAAAAGAGUCCAGACAGUUCUCAGACGUGUGAUGUGUGGGAUUGUAUUAGUGCAUGUUAAAGCUGGACAUUGGGGGGAUUCUAACGCAACUGUUGAUAAGCUGAUAAGAUGCAACUGGCUCCGUUUUGUCUCGUCUUACUGCUCAUCCUGAUUGUCACUAACCUGGCAGUUGAGAAUGAUAACAGAAUUGUUGGUGGCACAGUGAUAGAGCCUUACUCUAUCAAAUACCAAGUCUCUCUCCUGUACAGAGACUCCCACUUCUGUGGAGGCACCUUGAUUCACCCACAGUGGGUGGUGUCUGCUGCCCACUGCUGGAGACCAAAUCAGUUGAUGAAAGUGGUCCUGGGCGAGCACAACAUCAAUAAGAAGGAGGGAUUUGAGCAAAUAUUUGACGUCUUGUUAAUCAUCAAACAUUACCAGUUCAAUUACUGGAACCUUGACAACGACAUCAUGCUUCUUAAGCUGGACCGCCCUGCUGUCAUCAACGAAGCGGUGAAUCCAGUGAUGUUGCCCCGCACCGGCACUCUGCAAAACUUUGCUCGGUGCACAGUCAGCGGCUGGGGGGUCACCUGGGUCUACGGCCAAAGCCUGUCCCCUGAACUGAGGUCUGUAGAUGUGGAUUACUUCGCAGAUUGCUGGCAUUACUACUACUUCAGGAUCACAAACAACAUGAUCUGUGCUGGAUCCAAUGAAGGAGGGAGAGACUCCUGUCAGGGAGAUUCAGGAGGACCGCUUGUCUGCAACGGUAAACUGGAAGGCAUUGUGUCGUGGGGCAUUGGUUGUGCCUAUUCUUUUUACCCCGGCGUCUACACUAAUGUGAGAAACUACAUCUCAUGGAUCGACUGGGCCAUUCAGAACAGCUAACCAUCCAUCAGCUUAAGAAGAGACUCCUGAGAUGAAUCUUUGAAUGGAUGCUGAAAAUCAAAAGGCUGUUUGAUUGUUUGUCUUAAUAAACUUGAAUACAUCUGCUCAGACAAUAUAACUUACAGAGUAUAAAGUUUUACACUUAUUCUUAUCAAUGAAUAUAACUCACAUUACUACUAUUAUAACACAUCAAUCCUGAGAGGUGCAACUUUUUAAAUAAAUGCACUUUCAGUGUUGUUUUAAACUACACUUCAAACAAUUUCAAGAGACUCUAUGUAUGGGAGUUUUUUCCUCAAACAAUUCUUCAAAAAACUAUAAAAAAGACGGUAAA